ACCUAACUUUUGACUUAUUGACAAAGUUUGAGAGUCUCAAAAUAUUAGUUCUGUAUUGCGUUAUUCAUUAUUUAUAUUAGCGUUAUGUUUUUAUAUAUUUUUCUUGCAGUGGAUGCUAAUACGGACCAAUAAUGCGGUGGAACUGGAAUUGGACAGAGUUUUGUGGCACAAGCGACGGCUUCGUGACAUGGGAUUCGCAGCUGGGGGAUGUGGGCAUGUGUUGUCAGGCCCUGUGCCUGCAUAUGCCCGCUCUCUUCCUCUUGGCCAUGCUCUCGUCGCACUACUGUGGCAAGCAAGCUGGCUGGGUUGUGCGCUCCACCACUGAGAUCUGCGUUCUGCGCAUUCGCUGUGCCAUAGCCAUCCUUCUUGCAUUCACGCCUAUCGUUCGCAGUCUGGUUGAACUCAAUGACUUCCAUUUCACUCUCUACCCUGUCAACCACACACUCGUGGCUGUUGAGAGCUUCUCUUGGCUUGUACAUUCCAUGUAUAUUCAUGCACUUCGUCACAGGUUGGGUCCUUCAUUGCGAGGGCCGACAGCUAUGAACGUGGUGUUGACGCUGAACUAUUCUCUGGCCCUGAUGACGCUGCGGUCGCAGUCGCUGCUCCACAUGUGGGCGGCUCCCAUGGCUUUCGCCAUUGUCCGAGUUGUACUGCAAACCACAUACAUCAUCACCCUGAUGCCUUCCUCUUCAGCCGCUGGUCCUGGUGGCUACAUACCAUCAAUCGCCAAUCUUCAGGCAACGGAAUCUUCACCACUGCUGCACGCGUACAGCAGGUUUCGCGAGGACAUGGACCCAGGCUACUUGGGGGUGGCGAUCGAAGGUUGGGGGUGGAUGUCGCAGCUGUUGCUGUCGUGGGCGGGGCCCCUCAUGGAGAAGGGGGCCGUGGGUGACAUCCACACGCCCGAUGACCUCUACGAUCUGCCCGUGUCGCUGUCCGCCUCUCAUCUGCAUGACCAACUCGAAACCUCGUUCACUGAUCGAUCGCUCUUCAAAGCGUUACACAGAUGCUAUUGGAAAGAGUUUUACGGAAUUGGAAUAUUGAAGUUUGUGGCCGAUGUUUCUGGAUUUCUCGGACCGCUUCUGCUCAAUAGACUCGUCCUAUUUGUUGAAAAUAGGAAUGAGCCUAUCCACUAUGGCUACUUGUAUGCGGCUGGUCUUUUCAUGUCAUCUUUGACAGUUGCUUUUUGCACAACCCAUUUUAACUUCCUCAUGGGAAAAGUUGGAAUGAAGAUUCGAGGAUCCCUCAUCACAACAGUAUACAAAAAAACGUUGAAGCUCAAUUCUAUUUCUUUAUCGGAAUUCAGUAUUGGAGAGAUCGUCAACUUUAUGAGUACAGAUACGGAUCGUAUUGUUGGUGCUUGUCCAAGCUUUCAUGCGUUUUGGAGUAUUCCAUUUCAACUAGCCGUGACUCUCUAUCUGUUAUUUCGACAAGUUGGAAUAUCAUUUCUUGCUGGCCUAAUUUUCAGCAUAGUUUUGAUACCAAUCAACAAAUGCAUUGCUUCUUGGAUUGGAAACCUGAGCAAGAAAAUGAUGGAUGAGAAAGAUAAAAGGGUGAAAAUGUCCGCCGAAGCUUUGCGGGGGAUUAAAGUUAUAAAAAUGCAUGUCUGGGAGGCAUAUUUUGUCGAAAAAAUAAUGGGAAUCAGAAAUAAAGAAAUGAAAUACUUGAAAGGGCGUAAAUACCUGGAUGCGAUGUGCGUUUACUUUUGGGCCACAACUCCAGUUCUUAUUGCUCUUCUCACGUUCACUGUCUACACGUUGCUUGGACACAAGUUGAAUGCAGCAACUGUAUUCACCAGUAUUGCUCUUUUCAACAUGCUCAUCAGUCCAUUGAAUGCAUUCCCAUGGGUUUUGAAUGGCCUUACAGAAGCUUGGGUUUCAUUACAACGAAUUCAGAAGCUUGUGGAGAAAAAAGAACAAGAACUGAGUGAGUACUACAGUGAUAUGCCUACUGUUGAGUCAGUGAGUGAAGGAGCGUUAGCAGUUCAUGGUGGUCAUUUUCAUUGGGGAACUGGAAAUUUCCAGCUAUCUUCCAUCAACCUGGCUGCUAUCAAGGGUCAACUGAUAGGAAUAACAGGACGAGUUGGUUGUGGCAAGUCAUCAUUUUUGAUGGCACUUCUGGCUGAAAUGGAGAAAACAGUUGGAUUUGUGGCUGUUCCUGAUGCUGAACAUGGAUUUGGCUUUGUUAGUCAAACACCAUGGCUUCAGCACGGCACCAUCAGGGACAACAUUCUCUUUGGCAGGCCAUUCGAUCACAACCGUUAUAAGAAAGUUUUGAAUGCAUGUGCAUUGAAUGAAGAUUUGCAGAUAUUGCCUGGAGGCGAUCUAGCCAAUGUAGGAGAGAGGGGUGCAUCACUCAGUGGAGGACAGAAGGCUAGAGUUUCAUUGGCAAGAGCUGUCUAUCAUGACCGUAACGUGUACCUUUUAGACGACAUUUUCUCAGCUGUUGAUCCACGGGUUGGGAGGCACAUUUUCCACUUUUGUAUUAAUGGGCUUUUAAAAGAGAAAACGAGACUGCUCUGUACCCAUCACACUCAAUUCUUGCUUGGAGCUGACCAGGUUCUAGUUCUUGAGGAAGGCUCUAUAAUCAAACAAGGUCGCCCUCAAGACGUACUACCUGACUACGAGGAGGACAUGACCCAGAGCCAGCUGAUGGAGACGGAAGUGGCGGGCUCCCCUACUGCGUCGAUCGCCGGUGCCGCCUCCAUCGCCUCCACGGAGCGAGCUCCACCAGUCGAGUCGGGGGUAGAGGCGGAGAUGGAGGCGGAGACUGAAGAGUGGAGUGCCCGUGGCUCCGUGUCAUGGAGUGUCUAUUCGCGCUACUGGUCGGCCAUCGGCUAUGGACUGUCGGUUGCCAUUCUUGCGUCCAUCUUCUUCAUGCAGGCGUCUCGUAACGCCACUGAUUGGUGGCUAGCGCUGUGGGUCACCAAUGCUCGUGGCUGGAAUAGUACUGUCGGCUUGACUUUGGACUGGGAAGAUAGCGACUCAGACUCUCGCAAGUAUCUGACCGUUUAUGCGUGCAUAGCUGGGGUCAACUCACUUCUAACUCUGUUCAGAGCUUUUCUAUUUGCUCUGGGAGGCAUAACAGCUGCUUCAAAACUGCACAAUGCAUUGCUCAAUACUAUUAUAUCCGCUCAGAGUACAUUUUUCGAUGUCACUCCAGCAGGAAGGAUAUUGAAUAGAUUGUCAUCGGACACUUAUACAAUAGAUGACUCCUUACCUUUCAUUGCCAACAUAUUCCUCGCACAGCUAUUCGGUCUCAUAGGAACAGUGAUAGUGACAGUCUAUGGAUUGCCUUGGAUCACGCUACUCCUACUGCCUCUCAUUCCAAUCUACCUGUGGAUUCAGAAUCAUUACCGGCUGACGUCCCGAGAACUGAAACGACUUUCUACCACAUCACUGUCGCCGCUAUACUCCCAUUUCAACGAGUCCCUCGAGGGUCUAGUCACUAUCAGAGCUUUCAGAGCCUCUUCUAGAUUUUGGAGACAUAAUGAGCUCUGUCUUGAAAGCAACCAGAAAGUGCAGCUAGCCAGUCUUAUUGCUAAUCAGUGGUUAAACCUUCGCCUGCAAUUGAUAGGAGUUGCAAUGGUUACCAGUGUCAGUGUACUCUCCAUCUUCCAACAUGCCUACAAUAUUGCUAAUCCAGGUCUGCUAGGUCUAGCGCUGUCGUACGUGCUGGGCGUGACGGGUCAGCUGGGCGGAGUGGUCUACGCGUUUGCCGAGACAGAGCGUGAAAUGGUGAGUGUGGAGCGAGUGGACCAGGCUCUACGCCAAAUCCGACCCGAGCGAUUCGCCAGCAAGGUGGCGCCGCCAUAUGCAUGGCCCAGUCAGGGCGUCAUCAUAUUCAACAACGUCUACCUCAGAUAUCGCCAAUGUCUUCAACCGUCUCUGAGGGGUAUUUCAUUCUCAACUCGCCCUGCCGAACGUAUCGGCAUAGUUGGCCGAACAGGUGCCGGCAAAAGCAGUCUACUGGCUGCUCUCUUUCGUCUGGUAGAACUCAGCUCAGGCCAGAUUAUUAUCGAUACAGUCGACAUAGCUAUGAUUGGUCUACAACAGCUCAGGUCUCGUUUGGCGGUGAUCCCACAGGAGGUGUUUGUGUGGGGCAGCAGCCUCCGCGAGAACGUGGAUCCGGGAAGUGUGUGGGGCGACGCAGACGUGUGGCGAGCCCUGGAGCGAUGUCAUCUCGCCGCAGUCGUUCGCGCCCAGGGCGGCCUCCACAUCCCACUCCAGCCCAACAAGACCCUCUCCAACGGCCAGGCUCAACUGUUGUGUCUUGCGAGGGCGCUCCUCAAGAAUGCCAAGAUCCUAUGCAUUGAUGAGGCGACAGCGAGUGUUGACGAGGAAACUGAUAGAAAGAUUCAGGAAACAAUAAGGACAUCAUUUCGACAGUGCACUGUUUUGACAAUUGCCCAUCGCAUCUCCACCAUUAUGAAUAGUGACAGGGUUCUCGUGAUGGGCGAUGGAGAAGUUCUGGAAUUUGACACUCCUGAAAUUCUUCUAGAAACAAAAACGUCUCACUUCUGUAAACUUGUUCACAAAGACUUUGAAUAAUCAAUUGAAACAUAUCUGUGAUCAUAUUAAAAAAGUCAAGAAUUUCUUACAGCCAAUAAUGUAACCAUGUAUAGGAGAAUAUAUAGACUAUUUUAUCAAUUUCAA